UAGAAAAAAAGUCAAGUGCUACUGCUAGUUGUAUUCGAAUUGUGAAGUUUUGUAAAUGUCACAGUAAUAGAAUACGAAUUGUUUUUCUAUAUUAGGUUAUAAAAUAUCGAUAGAUUUAUAUUUAGUAUAUAAUGGUACACCUGAUAUGAAUAGUAAUUGAUAUAGCCUAAUUUACAAACUUACAUCAAUAUCGUGGUUAAUAGUUCAGUGUCCUUUUCAAAAUCAUAGGUUAGUAUUAUGUAAAAACUAUGUUGGAAGUUACGUGCAACGACAGACUGGGAAAGAAGGUCAGAGUGAAAUGCAACCCUGACGACACAAUUGGUGAUCUGAAGAAGCUGAUAGCUGCACAAACUGGAACAAGAUGGGAAAAGAUUGUCUUAAAAAAGUGGUAUACCAUCUUUAAAGACCACAUCAAACUCCAAGAUUAUGAAAUACAUGAUGGCAUGAACCUAGAAUUGUAUUACCAAUAGAAACAAUUCUUUUGCAACUCCCGGAAGAUGAAAUGGUCCCUAGCUGUGGAUAUUUUACUCUAAUUGUAAUUUUUUAUGUUAUUAAAUAAUUAAUUGUGGAUUUGUA